GAUCCCUCAAGGGGGGCACUAAGGAUUCUCCGGCGACGACUGGCUCCCCAAGCCCCCUUGAGAAAGACCCUCAGGAACUAUGCCUCAAGAUCCUUCUAUGCGGAUCCCCCAGUACUAAGUCUGUCACAGGUUGGCUCUCGAAGUCCCCAAGACUCCGAGAAAGGGGUCGCCCCCAUGGGGCCCCUCACGUGUUGGCUCCCCGGGUCCCCCAGCGAGGAGAUGCCCGGAGACAGGUCUCCAGAUCCCGGGGGGAAGAGAUCGCCAAGACUCGGGACCCCUCAAGCUCAACCCCAGCCCCAGCCCACGAAUCCCCGAGACCAGAUGCUCAGACGACGCGGUCUCCCCGCGCCCGCCCGCCAGGCCCGGGCCCCGCACCGUGCUCCCGGCCGCCGGAACGCCCCACCGAGCUCCCGAGACUCAGGACCCGUCGCUCCGGCCAGCUCCGGCAGGCGCCACCGUCGCCACAACCGCUUCACCAGGAGCGACGCUCGCAGCGCGUCCUGGGGGCCGCCAUCUUCCCGCCCACGUGACCGGCCGGACGGCACCAACGCAGCUCGGGGGGGGGAUCCAGCGAAAGGCUCCCAGGAAGGACAGAGGCCCGGAAGCCUGAGUCGGCACCAGUGCCAUAGCUCACACUACUACAUCGGCAGCCGUCCCGCGACAUUCCUCAGGGAACGGAACUGGCAACGCCGCCCCUUUUCCGGAAAAGAUUCUCUCCGACCUCCCCUCCCGAGGUUACACUAGUUUGCAG